UGUUAUUCCUUUAUCAAACUGCUCCCGUCCGUUUCUAGCAAAAUAAUUACACCAUGUCUGCACUCGCUUGCAGAAACAUAACACGUUCUACGUUGCUGCGAAACGGGCUGCUAUCUCGAUCAGCAAGGUCUAUGUCGUCAUCAUCGCCGCCUGACCCUCUGAAUCGUCCCGGUCCGCCUCCUCUUCCCCGCGCCCAGCAACGAGAGUUUGAAGAACUAGUCCGCAAAGCACAGACACCGCUCGCCAACGGUGGUGGUGCAGAUGUUAAUGCUGUGCACCCGGAUGCUCGACCUCCGGUUACACCAGAGUUCGAAGGUGACGUUAAUCCUGUCACUGGUGAGAGAGGGGGCCCGAAGAGAGAGCCUGUGAAGAAGUGGGGAGAUGAGGGCGAUUGGAGUUAUAAGGGAAAGGUGUCCGAUUUCUGAGUGCAUAAGAGCUUUUACAUCUAGCCGUCUCUGGCCAUCAUGCUCCAGAGACGCGGAAGAUCACUCAGGAUUCCGACAUGUCUAUAUCCGUAUGAUCUGACCGCAAUACGUACUAGUUUUUCGUUUUGGACUCAAGAUGCUGAUAGCUGCGUAUACCCUGUUCGAAGUCUAUAACGUCCCUUCCCUCCCUGGGAAGGGACGGGGAGUGAGGGGUCCCAUCGGAGGCCUUUGGCGUGUCUAUGUUUCUAUAAUUCACCACUUGAGGGCUC